GCUGGAAGAGAGUGCGCCAGGCAACGCUUUUACGCAGAGAAACGCCGUCUGCAGGUUCACCACUUCAUUUACCUGCCUUUCUCGCUCGGUCUUCCUGUGCUCGCCUUAGCCACGUAACUGGACGUCUCGCCCGCUCGACUGCUCUUUGUUCUCUGUGACGGACGUGUCUUUGCACGAACGCGUCGACUAGAUGGCGCCAUUGCUCCACGCCGCGCCGACAGCGCUCACUAACUUGACCCUGUUGACGUCAGCACCGUCUAGAGCAUCAAGGCCACUUCCAAAACCCUAUUGGUCUGAAAAUCACAUGACAAGGGCGCCUUGAAUCCAUAAUUAUGUUGCUGAUAUUUUUUCGGCCCCCCCCCUACCCCAAAAGAUGUCAGCGUCCUACUGUCCUUACCCUCUUCGACGUAAGCGGGAUUGCUUUAAAACAUAAAGAUCGUCUCGCCCUCCGGCAAAAAUGUCAUGUCCGAACAACGUGGCGGCCGGCUCGUUUCUGAUGGACUCGCUGGUUGGAGGGACGUCUCCGUACAGAGGUGAGGGCUAUUCCGCCAACUCCGGGAUGUAUAUGCAAACGCCCGCAGAAUAUGGCUGUCCGAUGAUGAGGAGCGUGGGCAUCGUCGGCGCAUCACACUCCAAGCGGGACGAGCUGCCGGUGAGCGGCUACCAACACCAGCAGCAGCAGCACGCGCAUUACCUGUCGCAGCGGGACGCCUGGACAGCGGGCUCUAAAACUUACAGGAGCGCGCAACCUGUUGCCCAGCCUUUGCACCCGUGCUCUUUUCCGGCCAGUCACGUCAAAGAAGAGGCUCUGCCCUGCCUGUACCAGGCUGACCUGGACAGCCCCAAGGAAUCUGCACAGGAACCGUCCGCUGCUACCUACAUCCGCCUGGGGGAUAAUGGCAGCCACACGGAUCAGAGUGGCGUCUCCGCCUCCGAUUAUUUCCGAGGAAGCCAGGUGUACGCGAGCGAGCGGGGGCAGCAGCGUGACGGCUUCGGCUCGGACUUUAACCCUGUACCCAGAAUAACGACGCCCAUCGAGGCGCAGGCUGCUGAUGGCUACGGCAAAGGCAGCAAGUCAAAGCAGGACGCGGCGGGCGAGGAAGCCCACACAGAGGAGCAGGGCACGGAUAAGAGGCAGCUCAGGAAGGAAGAGAGUGGGCCAAAGACAGACAGCUGCACAGAUGAUUCUGAGAGCGAAUUGAAAGAUGAAGUAAAGUUGGAAAACGCGACGGGGAACUGGCUAAAGGCUAAAAGUGGACGCAAGAAGAGAUGUCCUUACACAAAGCAUCAGACACUUGAGCUGGAGAAGGAGUUCUUGUUCAACAUGUACUUGACUCGAGAGCGCCGUCUGGAGAUCAGCAAGAGUAUCAACCUCACAGACAGACAGGUCAAGAUCUGGUUUCAGAACAGAAGGAUGAAGCUGAAGAAGCUCACCAGGGAAAGUCGAGUCCGGGACCUAACAGGCUACAGCUACAACUGAAGGCAGAACAAACAAACAAGCAAACAAACAAACAAACAAACAAACAAACAAACAGCACACUCACACAAGUACAUUAAAACAAAGACUGACAAAAAAGACUGUGCUUUUGUAUUUACGUGAUUCAAAUU